AGGGGCAGGGACCCGCGUGGAGAGAAGUGUUCCCCUGGAUCUGGGUCAUGUCUCCCGGCUUCCGGCGGGAUCGAAGGAGAGCUUGUCCUCGAGAGCCGCAGCAGUAGAUGCUGAGGUUAGAUCUGAUCAAAGGAGAGAAUCGCGGACUGUCCAGGACGGUGGAGGGAGGGGAAGAUGAGGGAGAGGCGCCCUCAAACCAGGAGAGACCGCCAUCCUACCGGGCAGAGGGAAAUACCGCUAACCCCAGGCAGAGAACAGACAGAGAACUGGAACUUGCCCUGUGGUUGGGGGCAAGGUGACCCCUUCAGUAGCCUACAAUCCAGCGAGGACCUUACAAUGUCCACUCUCCAUGGAAUUUGCAUUUGAUACAGAAAGGCACGUGACCCAUCCCUCCCUCUGACCUCUUAGCUGUGAUUCCAUGGCCACACAACCCUGUGGCUCCAUGUCCCCCCCAUUCCAGGAUCCUCCAUGGCCCCAUGACUACUUGAUCCCCAUGGCCUCAUGACCCUGACCUUCCAUGUAAUCAUAACCUGGACUUUGACCCCAGUGAUUGCUCUACCCCUCCCCUCCUGUGACUCUGGCCCGGGCUGCCCUUGGGGUCUUGUUGGUCCGAACUUCCCCAGGAAGAUGUGGGGGAGGCUCUGGCCCCUCCUCUUCAGCUUCCUUGAAGUAACAGCAGUCCCUGGACCCUCACUGCGGAGACCAUCCCGAGAGCUGGAUGCCACCCCACGGAUGACCAUCUCCUAUGAAGAACUCUCCCAGAUUCGGCACUUCAAGGGCCCAGCCCAGAACUAUUCAACCUUGCUGCUGGAGGAGGCUUCCGAGAGGCUGCUGGUGGGGGCUCGAGGAGCCCUGUUCUCUCUCAGCGCCCGUGACAUAGGAGAUGGGGCUCACAAAGAGAUCCGCUGGGAGGCCUCCCCAGAGAUGCAAAGCAGGUGUCAUCAGAAAGGGAAAAACAACCAGACGGAGUGUUUCAACCACGUGCGGUUCCUACAGCGGCUCAACGCCACCCACUUCUAUGCGUGUGGGACUCACGCCUUCCAGCCCCUCUGUGCAGCCAUUGAUGCUGAGGCCUUCAUCUUGCCUACUAGCUUCGAGGAGGGAAAGGAGAAAUGUCCUUACGACCCAGCCCGUGGCUUCACUGGCCUCAUCAUCGAUGGAGGCCUCUACACAGCCACACGGUAUGAAUUCCGGAGCAUUCCUGACAUCCGUCGGAGCCGCCACCCACACUCUCUGAGAACUGAGGAAGCACCUAUGCACUGGCUCAAUGAUGCUGAGUUUGUGUUCUCUGUGCUGGUUCGGGAGAGCAAGGCCAGUGCAGUGGGUGACGAUGACAAGAUUUACUUCUUCUUCAUGGAACGUGAGGAAGGCUCCAGCAGCUUCAGUCAGGGUCGCAGCAGCCACCGUGUAGCUAGAGUCGCCCGCGUGUGCAAGGGAGAUCUGGGAGGGAAAAAGAUCCUCCAGAAGAAGUGGACAUCCUUCCUGAAGGCUCGACUCAUCUGCCAUAUUCCACAGUAUGAGAUGCUGCGGGGCGUCUGUAGCCUGGAUGCCGACUCGUCGGCCCACACACACUUCUAUGCAGUCUUCGCACUGACAACACAGUGGAAGACCCUGGAGGCUUCAGCCAUCUGCCGCUAUGACCUGGCUGAGAUGCAGGCUGUCUUCACAGGCCCCUUCAUGGAGUACCAGGAUGGUGCCCGGCGCUGGGGCCGCUAUGAGGGUGGGGUGCCUGACCCCAGGCCUGGCUCGUGCAUCACAGAUUCGUUGCGCAGCCGAGGCUACAACUCAUCCCAAGACUUGCCAUCCCUGGUUCUGGAUUUUGUGAAGUUGCAUCCACUGAUGGCUCGGCCUGUGGUGCCCACACGUGGGCGGCCCCUGCUGCUGAAGCGCAAUGUACGCUACACACAACUCACAGGAACACACGUCAGCACGCCGGCUGGACCCACCUAUGACCUCCUCUUUCUGGGCACAGCUGAUGGCUGGAUCCACAAGGCUGUAGUCCUGGGCUCUGGGAUGCACAUUAUCGAAGAGAUACAAGUGUUCAGGGAGCCCCAGGCUGUGGACAAUCUAGUUAUCUCUCCAAUGCAGCACAGCCUGUACGUCGGGGCUGCUAGCGGAGUCAUCCAGUUCCCUCUGUCCGGCUGUUCACGCUACCGUUCCUGCUACGACUGCAUCCUGGCACGGGACCCCUACUGUGGCUGGGACUCCAGCACCCAGGCCUGCAUGGUGGCCACCACCAUAGCCAACAGGACAGCACUGAUACAGGACAUAGAGAGAGGAAAUCGAGGCUGUGAGGACGGCAGGGAUACAGGACCACCACCACCACUGAAGACCCGCUCUGUGCUCCGGGGUGAUGAUGUCCUCCUGCCCUGUGACCAGCCAUCUAACCUGGCCCGGGCUUUGUGGCUACUCAAUGGGAGCAAGAGCCUGAGUGAUGGGCUGGAUGGUUACCGCGUGGGGGUGGAUGGGCUGCUGGUGACAGACACACAACUGGAGCACAGUGGCAUCUAUGGCUGCUAUGCUGAGGAGAACGGCCUGCGUAUGCUGCUGGCUUCCUACAGCCUCACUGUCCGUCCAGCCACCCCUGCCCCAGCUCCACAAGCCCCUGUCACGGCCGGGGCACAGCUGGCACAGGACAUGAGGUUGUUCUAUGUGGUGGCCAUUGCUAUACUUGGUGGCCUCUGCCUCAUUCUGGCCUCUUCCCUCCUCUAUGUGGCUUGUUUGCGGGGAGGCAGACGAGGUCGCAGACGGAAAUACUCAUUGGGUCGGGCUGGCCGGGCAGGGGGCUCAGCUGUGCAGCUGCAGACAGUCUCAGGCCAGUGUCCUGGAGAGGAAGACGAAGGUGAUGACGGGGAGGGAGCUGGAGGUCUGGAGAGUGGCUGCCUCCAGAUCAUCCCUGGGGAAGGAGCCCCAGCCCCACCACCCCCACCACCCCCACCCCCACCGGCUGAGCUGACCAACGGGCUGGUGGCACUGCCCAGCCGUCUGCGAAGGAUGAAUGGUAACAGCUACGUGCUCCUGAGGCAGAGCAACAAUGGAGUGCCAGCUGGACCCUGCUCCUUCGCAGAGGAGCUCAGCCGCAUCCUGGAGAAGAGGAAGCACACCCAGCUUGUAGAGCAGCUGGAUGAGAGUUCUGUCUGAGCUGGGCCUCCCCCAAAAGAUGCUCUUCCAAGGCAGCCUCUCUGCCCCAGGCUGGGCCACCGCCUCCCCAACACAGCCUCCCUCCUUCAUGCUCCCAACUCCAUGCCCUUCUUCCAGCUUUUUUGAUGUCUCUGUAGGGCUGGCCAGAGUCAUGGUUAGCCAAAGUCCCCUCUUCAGUUUCCAAGACAUACAUGUGAGCAGCCCAGGCCCAUCAGUGCUCCUCAAAGGUAGGGCUCUGCAGGUCCAGAUGGCCUCAAUGUCACCACCUUCGGCACAGCUGUGCGCUGGGCAGUCCUGAAUCAGACAAGACCUCUCUCCCGGCCACCUGCUUACGUUCACAUGUGCACAUGGAA